CUCCGACCUGGUUCUGCAACAGACGGGCAGCUCUUGCCCUGUAAGCUGCCGAAAGCUGGCCCCGAACGCCGACUGAGCGUGGAGGGUCGCGGGAAUGGGCGAGCAGCUCAGGCAACGGGGAACCGUGAAGUGGUUCAACGCCACUAAGGGCUUUGGAUUCAUCACACCUGAAGGUGGUGGCGAGGACUUCUUCGUCCAUCAGACCAACAUCAACUCGGAUGGCUUCCGCAGCCUGCGGGAGGGAGAGGCCGUCGAGUUUGAGGUUGAGGCAGGGCCGGAUGGAAGAUCCAAGGCCGUGAGCGUGUCUGGCCCUGGUGGCUCUGCCCCGGAGGGUGCUCCAAGGAACUUCCGGGGCGGUGGCCGUGGUCGCGGCCGUGCCCGUGGCGCCCGUGGUGCUUAUGCUGCUUACGGCUAUCCUCAGAUGCCGCCCAUGUACCCCGGCUACUACUUUUUCCCAGCUGAUCCAACUGGCCGGGGACGGGGUCGCGGCCGUGGCGGCAUGCCUAUUCAGGGUAUGAUCCAGGGUAUGCCGUACCCUGGCAUCCCCAUUCCCGGUGGCUUGGAACCGACGGGCGAGCCGUCGGGACUGCAGGUUGUGGUCCACAACCUGCCGUGGAGCUGCCAGUGGCAGCAGCUCAAGGAUCACUUCAAGGAGUGGAGGGUGGAACGCGCUGAUGUUGUGUAUGAUGCAUGGGGCCGGUCCAGGGGCUUUGGCACCGUCCGGUUCGCCACGAAGGAGGACGCCGCACAGGCGUGUGAGAAGAUGAACAACAGCCAGAUCGACGGGCGCACAAUAAGUGUGCGUUUGGAUCGGUUUGAGUGAAGGACUACCGGGCGGAUGUUGAGGGACAGUUGAGGGACCGCUGAGGAUGAGGCGAUGAUGAGCAGCCCGAUAACUUCUCCCCCUCACACGCUCUUCAUUGUAGUGCUUCCCCAAGAGAAGAAGACCACUGUGUGUAUAUGUGCCGUGUGUGAGCGUGUGUGAACCGGCCCCCAGUCCGCCGCGCGGUAGCUGCGUUUUGCCAUUGAUAGGAUAGACCCUGGGUAUAUUACACACCCACGCGUGUCCGAAAACUAUGUAUGACAAAUCCGCUGCCUGCGUGAUUGACGCCGCCGCAUAAACGUGCUUUGUUCGGUUGUGUGCGUCUCAACCUUUGGAAGAUUAGGGAACAGCUGAAAGUUGCGUUUCGGGCCAGGACAGCAUUGUGCUGCGCAGCGGUGUGCUUGCAGCGCAGCCUCUAUUGCCCCCCGGGAAUGCUCGUGCUGCGGGUUCGGAUGCAAGCUGAGUGCCUUGAUUGCCAUGACUCACCUGGCUGCCGUUUCCUACGGGUUCUCUCAUUGAAGGGUCGAGUAGGGAGCGAUGUGGCCGGGUUGGUCGUAGGCUGGGUUCUGCAGAGCGACAUAAUGCGAGCUCUGCGCACCCCGGGGGUUUGGUUGGCUGCCCUGUGCAGCAGCUGCUCACAUGCACAGGGACUGGUUGAAUGCUAUGUUGCUGUGCGGAAGAAGUAACAGCCGGGACGCGAUGUCUAGGCAUUCGGGACGUAUGUGUUUGGCGUAUGUGUAUUUGGCGGUGUCAUGCUGGAUGAAAGGGAAUGUGAGCUGACCCUGUGAGAAAACUGUCUGAUUUUCUCCUCUUGUCUAAACGGUACCUCUUUCGUUACCUUUAACACGUUGCGACCGACCGACUGUGCCCCAUGGCCCCUCGGUCUGUUGCGCUGAGCCUCGCCUUCGCGGGUCGACCCGACAUCUUCGCCUCCACAUGUAACCUCCUCGCCUCAUCUUCCUUAUCACAUUAACGCCACAAUUAAAUUCUGAACAAAGCUCGCUUACUCCGUCGACUAUAACUAGAUAAUAAGACACUACCAAACAUACGCCUAUACACAACACAACAGAAACUCCUAAAUGACCGAUAGAAGCCUAGAUGCAGCGUACCCAUCACCCGCCAAGCACAUGUAGAAGAGAAGAGCAUUUCAGCCCUUGGGUGCUACAUCAGUUUCCCCGUACCCAUGGGACAGGUUGCCGCGUGGGGCGGCAGCUCCGUGCUCAUACCCAUGCAUACACAAGUCAGGCACUACUGGAAAAGCACACACUGAUGAGCCCGGAGGUUCCGGGAUCGAGACCUAUCACGGUCGAAAUCCUUCCGAUGGCGGUAGGUAAAAGCGCCCCUAGUCGAUGGACUGUGGUGACGUGGGAUAAAGUUGACCUGCGAGCUGACCAGGAACGGAGUUGAGCCGCCGUUGAUCCGGCAGAUUCCGUUGAAUGCCGGUGCUGAACCUGAGCGAUCCGCU